UGUUUCUUUUGAAUUUCAGAUGUUCAAAAAAUGAAGAUCAAUCAGACAGUCCUGAAGGAGUUCAUUCUUGUUGGUUUUUCAGUUUACCCUCAUGUACAGAUCCUUUUUGUGAUUUUUUUUUGCACCUACCUUCUCACCCUCUCAGGUAACUUGGCCAUCCUGGGUCUUACCUGGGUGGACAGACAUCUCCACACACUCAUGUACCUCUUCCUUAGUGCACUCUCCUUUUCUGAGACCUGCUACACACUAUUAUCCCCAAGUGAAAUGCUGGUAAAUCGCUUGGCCAAGAAUAUAAAUAUUUCAGUUAUAGGUUGUGGCUUGCAAAUAUGUUUCUUCUUGGGACUUGGUGGCACUAAUUGUAUGAUUCUUAUUGUGAUGGGACAUGAUCGCUUCUUGGCCAUCUGCAGCCCUCUCAGAUAUCUUUUGCUUAUGACCAACAUGGUGUGUGGAAAACUUGUGGCCUCUGCUUGGGUUGCAGGCUUCUUUGUCUCUGUGAUAGAGACUGCAUUGAUAUUCAGGGGCUCUUUCUGCAACCCCAACCUUGUGAAACACUUCUGUCAUAUGCGAGCUGUUGUGAGGCUGUUCUGUUUAGACAGUGACCUCACAGAAUUCAUUGUAACAGUGAUAUCAGUGUCAGGUUUGAUGGGCACUUUCCUGGUCAUCAUCCUCACUUAUGUGUUCAUUCUUUCCAUUGUCCUCAAAAUCCCUUUAGCUGAGGGCAAGCAGAAGGCCUUUUCUACCUGUGCGUCCCACCUCACAGUGGUCAUCAUCCACUCCGGUUUUGCAUCUAUUGUUUAUCUGAAGCCAGAAGCAUCAGGGGGAGAUGACACAGUGAUCGCAGUUCCCUACACUGUCGUCACUCCUUUCCUCAGCCCUCUCAUUUUCAGCCUCAGGAAUAAGGACAUGAAGAAUGCUUUCAGAAUGGUACUUGGAAAGAUAUUUCUUGAAUACUCUUGUAUUAUCACUGCAUAA